UAAUUCCAUUGUCAAUGGAUGAGGCGGAAGCCCUUAGGAAGCUUGUUGCAGCUAGGCAGCACUUGAAAACCAGCCUAGACAAGUCAAGAGACAUUGCAUCUGCACUAGCCAAUGCUGGACCAAGAUUGAGAGACAAGGCUCGAAGGCUAGCAAGUUUGGAAGUCGAGCUCGUACCGAUUCAGAAAUGCAACUCUUUCGCUGUUGGAGACCAGAUCGAUCAUGUCGUUGGACUUGCAUCUGCACUUUUUAAUGUUAUCAACACUGUUUCUGAACUUCAGAAGUCACUCGUGGCUGAUUCUUGUUCUCAACUCUCUAGUUACCUCUCGGUCAUGGAACGGUUCGAAAAUGCAUUUGAAUUUCUUUCUGAUAACUGCAGCCUUAUAAUUCAGUGGUUGGAGGGAAUUGUCCAAUUUGUUGAAGACAACAGAAUAGUCAAUGAUCAGCAACUUCUCAAUGUCAAAAACUCGUUGGAAAAUCUUCGUGAGUUGCAGGUGGCCGAGAACAAUGCUCGUAUCGAUGGAGGGCCUCUCAGUUUGGCAUUGAACAAGCUUGAAUUUGAGUUCAGGAGGUUACUAAGAGACCAUAGUGUUUCUCUUCAUCUAGCUCCAGCCCUAUUGACCAGUGAAAACCAAGACUUCAUUGGUUUCUCACUAUUGCCAGAAUCUAUAGUUCAAAAACUGCAGUUGAUUCUUACUAAACUGAAAGCCAACGACCAAAUUGAAAACUGCAUAUCGAUAUACAUCGAAAUUCGAAGUUCAAAUGCUGAACUAAGUUUAAGAACUCUUGGUUUGGAUUAUCUUGAGACGUCAGUCGAUGAACUGAGCAAUAUGCAGAGCAUUGAAGAUCAUAUCAACAGAUGGAGCAAGCAUCUUGAGCUUGCUGUGAAGCAUUUAUAUGAGCCUGAAUGUAAGCUUUGCAAUGACAUAUUCGAGAAGAUCGAACCCGAAGUCAGGACCAAAUGUUUUGCUAAGAUUGCAUCACAGUCUGGAUUUCUCCCUCUCCUCCAAUUUGGGAGGAAAGUCACCCAAACAAAGAAGGACCCCAUCAAGCUCUUGAACCUACUGGACAUUUUCUUGGUUCUAGACAACCUAAGAACAGACAUUAACAAGCUGUUUGGUGGGAAAGCUUGCACGGAGAUUCAAGCUACAAUGAGGGAUCUCGUAAAACAUGUCGUAAACGGCAUAUGCGACGUUUUCUCGGAACUUCCAAUCCAAGUUGAGUUGCAAAGACAGGGCUGUCCUCCAGUAGACGGUGGCAUUCCAAGCUUGGUAAGCUUUGUCACUGAUUACUGCAACAAGCUGCUUGGGAACCAUUACAAACCAAUCCUAAACCAGAUUUUAAUCAUCCAUCAAAGCUGGGAAAAGACAUGUGAAGAAAACCUUCUAGAGAACCAAAUUUAUCUAAUCAUAAAAGAACUUGCUCUAAAUCUAGAUUCAUGGGCAAAAGCCUACCAAGAUAUGUCAAAGUCCUACUACUUCAUGAUGAACAACCACUGCCAUUUUAGCAAUCUAAAAGGUUCAAAACUAGGCGAAAUGAUGGGAGAUGAAUGGUUAAACGCACACAGCCAAUACAAGGAAUAUUACGCAGCGCUUUACCUGAGAGAAAGCUGGGGAGAGCUUCUCAGCCUUCUAAAUCAGAAGGGUCAGCUUCCAUAUGAAGGAGAGAAAUGGAGAGAUAUUGAUCUGUUGAAGAAAAGGGUAAAAAUGUUCUCUCAGGCAUUUGAACAAACAUGUAAGAGGCAAUCGAAAUGGGUCAUUUCAGAUGAGGGUUUGAGAGAGAGAAUUUGCCUGCUUUUAGUGCAGGCGAUUGUGCCGGUUUAUAUGAAGAAUUUCGAGGCUUUGAUCGAACAGGAUCGAGGCGCUGCUAAGUAUUUGAAAUAUACUGCUGAGAGUAUGGGGACUAUGAUCAGCUCUCUGUUUCGGCCAAUGUUGAGUGUGCAACGAAGCCGUGGUCACACCCAUGCUCGCUUCAUUACCAAAAUUAAGAGCAUUGUAACUCAUCAGUUUCGCGCCUCCAUCGCUUCUCUAUGA